UUGACAUUUCAGUUGACAGCAGCGGUGUUGGCAAUGCUGUCAGUUUCUUAGAAAAUUUCUCAUAAUAAACUUGUGUACGGUGUGCGUGUUUCAUCGAAAUCUUUCGUUUUCGCGAGCUUCCAUUCACUGAAGUGGAUAAAUGUUUAAACCAAAUUUAAGGUUUGAUCAAAAUUUUACAGGAAGACCGAAGAUGUGCAGAUAAAUAAUAGCAUCUCAUAGAAAAAGUGUACCCAACAGAGUGAAGAACGUGUUGUGCAGUGGAACUUUUGAUUUAUUGCCGUGCUUUGAUUUGGUUUCCAAGUGGGAGGAGCACAAACUCAGCGAUAUUCCCAAAAAAGGCAAGCUUCAAAAUAUUAACUAAAUAAAAACUUGAGGUAGUGGAAAAUAUAAGAGAGCUCUGGAAAACCACUAAUUCUAGCUAAUUUUAUCAUAGAUGCCGUGCUCUUAAAGUAAAAUUUAUAAAUAAUGUCUGCGCGCAAUUACUAUGAAAUUUUGAAGACCCCGCCAACAGCAAGCUUCGAAGAGCUGCGUCGUAAUUACAAACAAUUAGUUCUACAAUGUCAUCCGGAUAAAUUACAACAUUAUAACACCAAUAGCAUUAGCACAACAACAGCUACUUCGCAUUUUGAUAAUACCAUCAGCGGAACUAAUGAUGCUGCGUCCACUUCUGCAGCUACUGUUGACCCAAUUGUCGAAAACCCAACGGCUAUGUAUUCAGAUCAGCACAGUAGAGAAUUUGUUGCCAUAAAUGAAGCAUGGAAUACACUCAAAGAUCCUACUAAACGACGCCUCUACGAUGCUGAAUUGAUGUUGACAAAGCUCCAGGCCCACAGUAAUAUUUUUGCGCGUUUAACGCUAGCGGACAUGAAACGUUGUGCUGCCACAACAACAAACGAUGACAGUGGCAGUGACAAUGGCGAAUGUAAUGGCGACAGCGAGAGCAUCGGUGCUAAGGGUGGCACAUAUUGGUACUAUACAUAUGAUUGCCGAUGUGGCGGUCAGUAUAUAGUCGAUGAGUCAGUGGAUAGUGAAAUACUCAACAGUAACCGCAACCACAACGGCGCUAACAACGACCAGAUGCAAACACAAACAGGAGAGGAACAACAAAUACAACAAAAACCAAAACGUUACGAUAAUGGCAUCGAUAAGCCAAGUAGUCAAGCAGACGCUGACAGUGGGGCUGUGAGUGGAUCUACAGCGAUUUGUAGCAGCAACAACAACAAAGGCAGUGAAACGACUGGUUAUGAUGAAGACAUUCUGAAUGCUGGCGCUGCUGAUGGCGAGGAUGGUGAAGUGCUUGUCGAAUGCAGUGAAUGUUCUCUGGUGAUCGUAUUGGUUUGAAUGCACGAAAUGUGUACUGCUGUCGUGGAUUGUCUUUCGACACAAUACGGCACAAAUAAAUAUUGUAUUUAUAAAAAUAAGCAAAUAAUUGUGCAAAGGAAAAAUAAAUAAAAUUAUGAAUAACAAUGCGAUGAUUAUUGCGUUCACGAACACCGCUAGCACCAUUACCAAUCAGCACAUGCCAGACAAAAGAUGCGAAAGUCAGCAAAAGAAACAGAACAGAACUGAAAUUGCUUGAGCUGCACACGAACAUUCAAAUACAUAUAGAUUAGUGUAUGGCAAUUAAAAGCUUUCAGCAUUAAAAAUUUAUUUUCGUUGAUGUUAAAAAAAUGUGCGACAUUCAUAUUUUUUGUACUGCUUAUAACAAUAAAGUAAAUUUUAUAGUAGUUUGUGCGAAACGAUGCAAAUAAUAUGGAAAAUUUCUUUUUUGUAUGGACGCGAAGUAGAAGUUGCUUAUAUUAUUUAUGUGUAGUAAACUUAACAAAUUAAGAUGGAUAAAUAAACAAUUUUCAUAUGCUGAAUUUUUUUUAGUCUAUAAUUUCUUAUAAUAUAAAAGUAUCUUACUGUAGAUACAUGGAAAUGUUAUUUAUUUGCUAAAUACUUGUAAAGUCUAUAAUUCUAAAUGGAUUCAGUAAAAUGGCUUAUAUAUACAAUACAUAUUAGUUCUUUUAACCGUUGACUACUAAAGCCAUUUCUAAACAUUUCUCACAAACAAAUCUAUCAUUCGUAUCCAUCAUUCGUUUACUAUUUCAGUUCUAAACAAAAAUUUACAUAACUUUUGUUUUCCUUUCGCCAAAUUGAAGGCACCUUCGCUGUAGAAUGAUUGUAAGUUUUAAAAACAUAUGUAUACAAAUAAAAAUAAAAGCCACAAAAAAAGUAAACUUAAAAUUAGCCAUUGCGCUUGCGACGCGAACUCAACAAGCUCAUUAAUAUGCGCGACAUUGCCAGUUGCUCAUCGGAAAUGAUUUCGUAUGUAACUACACAACUUGCAAUGAAUGCGUCAGACGCAGACAGUAGGCACAAAAUUCAUUGUAUCGAACAUACAUUCCUACGUACAUAUGUAUGUAAAAAUGUAUGCAUACACAGUGCGUGAUAGUGAAGAAUAAGUGCGAUUAUCAUAAAUUGUACUUUAGCAUUUAAGAUUAUGUAUUGUUCAGAGUUAUUGGGUAUUGAAGAAAAGUCCUUAAAGCUGUACGUUUUUUUUCAUUACGCAAAAUAUUGCAUGUAUGUACAUGCUAUGCGUGCCGAAAUAUAGUGCUUAUUAGGGUGCACCUUGUAUAUUUGAAUAUAUGUACAUAUGUACUAAUUUUGGUGCUUAAUUUGUAUCAAAACCCUUUGUCCAAAAACAUUACGAAUCAUUAUCGGUUUUAUGCGAAGCAAGUGCCCUAAAGUGUGCAUUAAUUGGUGCGAGGCGGUUUGAAAAAUAUAACUUUACUACUUUAAAUUAGGUAUUCGAUUAUACGCACACUCACGGCAAAAAGAAUUUUUCGCAAUAUAUGCA